AGUUUGAGCCGGAGCGCACCACUACUGUAGAUAGGAAUGUGAAACAUGGACUAUUUUGUGGGCUGAGUCUGGCCUUAUCCAUCCACGGUGUCAACAAAAAAUUAGAGUAAUUCAAAGGCGGUCAAGAUGGAUGUCCAACCGAAUUCAUGCUUUUACGACGAGAAUGGCAACAUACGAAAAAGCAGACACAACUACAGCAGCAUGAGCAUGCCCCAAUACAGCGUUCACGUGGGGGCAGGCCGGCAGCACUGGGUUUGAUGCCCCCCAUGCCGCCAGAACUACGUUUUGUAACGAAGAGGGCAGCGGCGUGGGGAAAUCUACAGAGCCCUUUCUGCCAAAUCAACUAGAGAAUGAAUUGGCAAACAUCGACGAGGAGCAGCCGGUGCGUCUGAGCGUCACCCUGACGCUGACGCCGACGCUGGACGUGCGCUGGCAGACUGUGCUCUGGCGGCAGCGACUCUACGUGCAGGUGCCCGACGGACUCCUGCCCGAGGGCUCCAAGGAGGGAUUCGUCUCUCUCUUGGAGUUCGCCGAAGAGACGCUGCAGGCCACUCACGUCGUCAUCAGCCUGAGGAAGAACAGGGAGGACCGCGCCAGUCUGGUGCGCACCUUCAUGUUCCUCGGGUUCGCGCCGAUCGCGCCGGGAAGUGACAUCAUUCCCGCUCGCGGCGACCAGGACCAUCUGUACCUGGCCUACGCCAUCGAGUAGCGCGCGGCGCUGACGGCGGGGGACAGCGCGCGCCGCCGCCGCUGACGCGCCGACCGCCGCUGCGCGCGCCCGACGGCUCGAAUGACGAGACUGCUCCGAGGCGGGGCCGGCGGACGCGCGCGCGGCGGCCGGUGACGGCGGUGGUGGCGGCGCGCGGCGCCCCUCAGGGGCUCCAGCGGCGGCAGACGGCGAUCGUCAGGCCGAUUUGUGCUCUAGGAGGACUGUGCAGUGUACCAGUGUCGGGUUCCCCUCGGUGCGCCAACGGGCGGAGCGGGGUGGGCGGCGCCGGUGGCAGCGGCGCCGCCCACCGGCCGCUGCAGGGACGCGGCGCGGCUGGUCCCCACCGGUCCGCGCCGCGCCCCCGCCGGCGACCGGCGGACGGCGUCGGCGGCGCUGCCCACAUCGCUCUGUCGGUUGUGCUGUCAUCAAGUUAGAUUACAAAGUUCUCUCGUAGACACCGAGAAUCCACCAAAAAAUAGAAAAUCCAUAAAAAUACAGAAAAUGAUAAAACGGCUCGUGGUUGUACCACGGAAAUGAUGCGACGCGAUGCCACCAAAAAUAUCUUAUCACAUCGGUGCUUGGUCCAUCCCAUUCCAUGUACUUGAUGACUUGUGCUAUUUUGUGGGUUAACUUUUCAGUGAACUGGCUUAAUUGCAGAAUGGAGAGUUCGCUUUGUCCGGUUUGUUAAGACCGACGUUUUAUUCGUAAUGUUUAUUCUCUCAGUGCUGGUGACAAACGAUUGUAUCACGUGAUGAUCACAGCUCCAAUACAAAAUUAUACAAAUGUCAGUUCUGUGAUGGGUCUUGUCGCGGAAGAAUUGUGUGAAUGCCUUCGGUAUCCACGAUCCAGUCCACGUUGACUCUGAAUGCGACUCGUAAAUCGCCAUGCCGUCCUCCCGUGGGGACCAGCAGUUCUGCCUGCGGUGGAAUAGCUUCCACACCAACCUAGCGGCGUCGUUUCACGCUCUGCGACUCGACGAGGACUUUGUGGACGUGACACUGGCGGCUGAAGGCCAGCUAAUCAAGGCGCACCGUGUCAUCCUCUCUGCAUGCAGCCCCUUCUUCAAGGAGAUACUCAAGAGCGCGCCAUGUCGCCACCCCGUGGUGGUGCUGCACGAUGUCCGGGCGGCGCACGUGCGAGGACUGCUGCGCUUCAUGUACGAGGGCCAGGUGAACCUGACGCCCGAACAGAUGCCAGAGUUUCUGCGUGCUGCCCAGGCUCUGCACAUCAAGGGCCUGUUUGAGGAUAUGCAGCAGCAGGCGGCGGCGGCAGCGGACGGCCGGGAGAGCACGUCCGCGGCGGGGACAGCACCGGCGCCGCCUCCACCGCCCCUCACAGACAGUCGACCAUCUGGAAAACGCACCGACUCCGCGGCCGACCCGCCGGCCAAGCGGGCGCGCGCGGCAUCACCGCCGCUGGUCACCGAGCCUGUGGUGAAGCUGGAGCCGUCCAGUCCACCCGAGUGUAAGGCAGUCGAGGAGGAGGAGGAGGCACGGGUGGUGGAAGCGUCGCCGGCAGCGGAGAGCAGUUCCCAGCACUGCCGAUCGACGACCCGCGCCACCCGAUCAGACUCCGCCCCGACUGCGUCGCCGUCCGAGCCAGCCGAUCGCGGCAGCCGACACCAACCAGCGACGUCCCAGGAGGGCGGCAGAGGACCGUCGGCUUCCCAGGAGCGGGGCAGGAGUGCGGCCAGCGGCGGUCCACCGACUUCCUCGCCCUCCUGCUCCUCAGAUCCUGACUAUGUCGUCACACACACUGCGUACCCGUUCCCGUGCCCGUUCUGCGAGAAGUCUUACACCUCGUGGGGUUUCCGGCGGCGCCACAUCAAGGCCUUCCACACCUCGGGCCCGACGCUCAAGUGCAAGUGGUGCUGGCAGGUGCUGCCCACGCACGACGACUGGUGCUCGCACGUGACUGGUGAGCACCAUCUGUCGGCUGGUGACGCGCAACACGCCAUCCAGAUUCUGGACGAGGCCAACUUGGUGCUGCAGAGCUCCGAGCCGCUGCGCCUCGAGUCGCUGGUGGACAUGGUGAAACGGCAGCAGCGCCGCUCCCCGGCCAGCCCAGAGACGGCCCUGCAGGGCGCCGCCAGCUCCUGAGACUCCUGAGCUCCUGAGCAGCUCGUGAAGGACGCUAUGAGCUCCUGAGGGACGCUAUGAGCUCCUGGGGGACACCAUCAGCCACUGAGUUGCGCCAUCAGUCACUGAGGGUGCGCUAUCUUCCUCUGAGGUGGCGCAGCCAUCUCCGCAGGGGCGCCCACAAUCGACACGAUGGCGCUACACCAGUUACUAAAGGGCGCCCUCAGUCCGUGAGGCGUGCUCACAGCUCCCGAUGGACACAAUCGACCCCUCGGGGACGUUGUGAGCGCGUGAGAGGCAUCAGUAGCCCGUGAGAAUGCUGCCUCUACUUGAAACAAACUUGCGACUCGACUCGGUACCGGCUGCAUAACGUCUCCCCGCCGUCGACCGUCGCUGCUUCAGAGUACAAAUAGCUGCUGUCCGGGGCGGCUGACGCCUCAAAUCGGUGAACUGGCGGUCCAGUAACGCAACGGACACCGCCUGUGUGUAUUACAUAGCCAUGUGACAGAAAGUCGCGACAGCUGACGGUCGCCUUGUGGCAGUUGUUAGCAACGUGCACCCGAGUUGUGAUGUAACGCUAUAUAGCCCAUGAACAACAUGUAUCUGUGAUGAUAAGGCAUACCACGAAUGUGUAUUUUUGCUUGAUCUUCUUGUAUCAUGUAGCGGAGAAAUUGUCUUGGCCAGUGUCUGGCUAGCUAAGUUCAAGCUGGCCUUUUAUUUAUCUUAUUUGCAUUUUUAGUAGUUGCUCUGAACUCCUUAACUACCAAUCACAGUUGACCAAUACAACGCUGAUAUUUUGA